AUGCUUAUCACAGAAUCAUACCAUGAUGUUAAAACCUCUUAUGGAACAACUUUACGUCUUUAUACAUACCAUCCAAAAAUUCCAAAUUAUCCAAAAGCGAAAUUUCCAGGGGUUUUAGUAUAUUCAGAAAUUUAUCAAGUUACAGGACCAGUUGCAAGAUUUGCAAAAAAAAUUGCAAGUGAAGGUUAUAUAGUAAUUGCACCAUCAAUUUAUCAUAAUUUUGAAGGACCAGAACCUUUAGCUUAUGAUGUUGAAGGUACAGAUAAAGGUAAUAAAUAUAAAGCUGAAAAACCAUUAGAAUCUUAUGAUGAAGAUAAUAAAUUAUCAAUUGAUUAUUUAGAAUCUCUUGAUACUUAUUCUGGGAAAGUUGGUGCUACUGGUAUGUGUCUUGGUGGUCAUUUAGCAUUUAGAGGUGCUUUAGAUAAAAGAAUUAGUGCAGUUGUUGGAUUUUUCCCAACUGAUAUUCAUAUUCAUGCACUUGGAAAGGGACAAAAUGAUGAUUCAUUAAAAAGAUCAACAGAAUUUAAAAGAAAAGAUUUAGAAUUAGUUUUAAUUUUUGGAACUUUAGAUAAUCAUGUGCCACCAGAAGGUCGUGAUUUAAUUAGAUCAACUUUAAGAUCAAAUGGUGCAAAUUUUACAUUUAUGGAAUUGAAUGAUGCUCAACAUGCGUUUGUUAGAGAUGAAUCAAGUAAAGGAAGAUAUGAUAGUGCAAUUACAUCUGCAUGUUUUGGAUUCUUGUUUGAAUUGUUUAAUAGAAGAUUAAGAACAGAUUUAGGUGAUAAUGAUGGUAAAGAUGUUGAAGUUGAAAAUGUUUGUUAA